AUGACCAAAUACACCUUUUUCCUCUGUUUACUUCUUCCAAUCCUUUUCAUAAGUGCUACUCCCACCUUUUCCUUUCCGGCAGCUAGUUCUGAAAUAGAAAAACUUCUUUCAUCCAAAUCCGUAUUUACCUAUUAUUGGGUUUCAUUUGAAUCAGAUCACAAAUCGUCUCGUCAAGUCACGAUUCGAACUUGCGAUAAGAAACCUAUUGCGACCGUAAAUAAGGAUUUUGCAAUUGAAAUGAAAACGGAAGGAACCGGUGUAAGUAAAUCUGGCAAAGUAUUUAACUUUGGUGAUUGUGAUUGCGGCUCUGGUUUCGAUUGUUUCGUUGAGUUAGACAAAAAGAAGCUCCCGUUUGGUGAAUCAUCAAGUGAAAAUCCCCUUACACCAUUUGUCACCAUAGCAGCUAAUGAUAUUCGUCCGGGAACAAAACUUUACAUUCCAAAGCUUGAUGGAAUGAUCAUGCCGGGCGGAGAACGUCACAAUGGAUGCGUAAAAGUUGAUGAUGAAGGUCAUGGGUUUGGAGAAAGACACAUUGACUUUUUUGUUGGCAAAGAAUCUAAUUACAAGACCUUGAUAAAGCAAAAGCUGUUCACCGAAGUUGAAGUUUUUAGCGCAAAGAAAUGUAAUAUUCUGAAUUACAGUAUGUAA